CUCUCUCUCUCUCCUGCCCCAGUGCCCGGUCCUAAAUUCAUUGCCCACACUUAUCCAUCUAAUCCCUCUCUCUGUGGACUAGAUCGCUGAUUAGAAAAAGAGGGUCAUUCAUGCCGAGUCGACUCGGGCCAGACUCACCUCAGGCGGUCGCCAACUCGCUCUCGAGCUCACUCCAGGUGUUUAAUCAUGACCCAGGGGUUUAUUUUCUUUAGUAUUUCGUUUUCUUUGCUUCUGAAACCCUAAAAUUUACCUCCUAGAAAUUGAUAGCAUGGUAGAAAUGCAUCAAAGUCGCCAACUUGAUGGCCUAAUCGUAACUUGACUUGCUGAUUUCUAUGUUGGGGAUGAAGUUUCCGAUUUUGGUUCGCUCCCAUUAGGGUUUUUUCCCACCUCGGUUUCUUCAAUUUUAUGGGGUUUCAUACGGAUUUGUUCGUAUUUUUAAUUACGAUUAGGGUUUUUUGAACUGUGCGCCAAAUGUUGUUCAGUUUGGGUACUUUUUGUGGUUCUGUGAUUUGGGUUUCUUCAGUUUUGUGAUGAAGCUAGGGUUUCUGAUCUGGGUUUGUUAAAUUUGUGAUCUAAUAAGCCUUUUGGGUCUAUUUGUGAUGGGUGAGGAGACAUCUGAUGCAAUGAACCUUGACCUGAAUCUGGCUCCUGGUCCUGAUGUCGGCUCGAUGUUGAAUGAGCCUGUAAAUUUGGAUACUUGGAUUGAUUCGCCUUUUCACAGAAUUGCUGAAGCUGUGAGGCGGCAGUGGACAUGGUCGCCACCUGAAGGGCGGAACAUUUCCAUGGAGUUGAAUGAACUGAUGGUCAAUUCUGGUAAUUCAAGUACAUUACAACCUGGUGAGGGUAGUGUUACUGCAGAAGAAAGAACGAGUGACGCCUCCAAGACAUGCGAAAAUAACAACGGGAUUUUGGAAAAUGAGAAUUCUGUGAAUAAGGAUGAUGUUGAAAAGGGCGGUGGCAGUGAUGGGAGCUUUUUCGAUUGUAAUAUUUGUUUGGACUUGGCUAGGGACCCUAUUGUAACUUGUUGUGGUCAUUUGUUUUGUUGGCCAUGCAUUUACCGUUGGUUACAUGUGCAAGAUGCAAAGGAAUGCCCUGUUUGUAAGGGAGAGGUAACAAUGAAGAAUGUCACCCCAAUCUAUGGUCGUGGAAACAAUGUGCGUGAGCCAGAUGACGACUCAAAUCUUAAGAUCCCUCUUAGGCCUCAUGCACGUCGGGUUGAAAGUUUGAGACAAAGCAUUCAGAGGAGUGCAUUAACUUUUCCAGUAGAGGAGAUGAUUCGCCGUCUUGGUAACAGAUUUGAUUUGACUCGGGAUGUUAUUCAUCCAUCAGAGCCUGAGAAUGCCCGGGAAACAGCAGAAAGAGCUAAUUUGUUAAAUAGGAUUCUGACAUCUCGAGGACUGCGCAGAGAGCAAAAUCCAGUGGCAGUUGCAGAUGAUGUUGUGGAUAUAACGCAAAGCAACAUGUCUGGCCUUGAAACAAGGGAAAACCACCAACUUCAGUCCUUGCUACUUAGAAGGACACAAUCGCACAGAGCAACACUAUCUUCUCUCUCGUCUGCAUUGAGUUCUGCUGAAAGGUUAGUUGAGUCAUUUUAUCGUAACCAUCCUACACCUCCAGGUAGAAAUCAAGAACAGCAGCCUGCACCAGUUGAUGAUAGAGAUUCUUUCUCAAGUAUUGCGGCAGUUAUAAAUUCAGAGAGCCAACUGGACACAGCUGUGGAAAUUGAUUCCAUGGUUUCCCUUUCCACUUCGUCUUCCAGAAGAAGAAAUGAUUCGUCAAGAGUUUCGGACAUGGACAGUGGAGAUUCUCGUGCCCACCGAAGAAGAAGACUGAACUGAAAGCAUCUUCUUCAGUUCACCAAACACAAUCUUGUAUGUGCUCUGUAACUUUUGUUUUAUUCCCCCCCCCCCCCCCCCCCCCUCUUUAAAUGCCGUUCCCAGUGCAGACUCUAGGAAGUAUUCACCUUUUGCCGUAACCUUUGUCCUUUGAUUUUGUUGAGGUGUGAUUAUGCAACUUCCGCCGCUAUGUGCUUGAUUUAUUUGGUUUUAGAUUUUCAGUAUAAUGAUCCUCCCUUAACCGAAGGAUCGUAGGCUUUCAAUUUGCAUGGCAAAUCAUUGUACACUACUUGUACUAAUAGUAGGCCGCUUUCAUAGUUCCAUUGUAAAUAAACUAGUGAACUUCUUAUGCUAGCAGUCAUUUGGGAUAAUUCUCUAUAAGAUUGCUUGCCUCUGUUAA